GAACGCUGUUAUUGUCUAUCCAUAAUGCGUAAAUCCAUCCAACUUGCUGUCUGGCCGAUCUUCAACUGCAAACAACCUCCACGUCAACUACAAAGUUGCUUGCGCGGAAACUCCUGUCGGCUCCACCUCUUCACCUCAGAAUUCCACCGAUUCGCUUCUCAUUUUCUCCCUCAGUCAUACUCAAGAACAAGCCCAAAAUGGAAGAUCACCAGGGCAAGCAGGUGGUGCUACUAACAGGGUGUUCAGGAGGGGGAAUAGGCCACGCUCUAGCUCGAGCUUUUGCAGCCAAGAAUUGCCUAGUUGUGGCCACAGCUCGAUCGUUGUCCUCCAUGGCUGAUUUGUCAAAUGACCCUCGUUUCUUUCUUCAAGAACUUGAUAUUUUGUCUGAUCAAAGCGUGCAUCGUGUGGUUUCCAGUGUUAUUGAGAAGUUUGGACGGAUUGAUGUUGUUGUUAACAACGCUGGUGUUCAGUGCAUUGGCCCUCUUGCUGAGGUCCCUUUGUCUAAUGCUCAACAAACCUUCGAUACUAAUGUAUUUGGUACCAUGAGGUUGAUUCAAGCUGUAAUUCCUCAUAUGGAAUCUAGGAAGAAGGGAAAGAUUGUAAAUGUUGGAAGUGUUACUGUCCUUGGCCCUGGACCCUGGGCGGGUGUUUAUACUGCAUCCAAAGCUGCUCUACAUUCUUUAACCGACACUUUGAGAUUGGAACUUCGACCAUUUGGAAUUGAUGUAAUAAAUGUUGUCCCUGGGGCUGUGAAGUCCAAUAUAGGAAAUUCAGCUAUCGCGACUUACAUCAAAAUGCCAGAGUGGAAGUUAUACAAGCAAUUUGAAGAAUCAAUCAAAGCCAGAGCAUAUUUCUCACAAGGCCAGAAAGCAACCCCAGCAGAAGAGUUUGCAAAGAAGACAGUCAAUGAAGUUCUAAAGAAGAAUCCACCUGCUUGGUUUUCUGCAGGGCAGUACUCUACUAUAAUGGCGAUCAUGUAUCACCUGCCACUCUCUAUUAAAGAUUACAUUCUCCGAAAGGCUAUGAAGUGUUAAAUAGCGUAAAUUGAGAGAGACCAUUUUCUUUCCGUUAUCCUUUUACCAUAUUGCACUUUUCUCUACUCUUUGCCACCCAUUUGUCUUGUUUGAUGCAGAAAAGAUUAGGUAAUUGAUUUCCUCUCCAUAUGGCAUGCUUAAAGACAGUGCAGGCAUGUCAAUGCAAAUUAUCAUGCUAUGUAUGUAUAACCUAAUGUAUAUCCUUUAGUAAAAGUAAACAUAAAACGUUGUUGGUUAUUGGAAUUCCUUUUGUUUCU